AUGGCGCGACGGUUUCAGCUUCUCCCGCGGCUUCAACGUUGCUUCUUGAGGAAGCCAAAGGGCCCGAAUAAUCAACUCCAAUUCUUGCGCCAAUUCCCCUACUACGCCAACGAGAGCUGCGAGCAGGUGCGAAAUAAACUGCCGGUAGUCGAUUGCCCGGGCAGCGUAUGCAUAAAGGCCGUCAUCAAGGAGGCGCCGGCAAAACGGGACGUUUGCGUGGAGGGCGGGGCGAUCGUGCGUGAUUGCUGGAGUCGAGUGAUGGGAUCCGAGGCUUUUCCCUUAUUUCCGCCAAAAACAAAGAAGCCACAUGUUCGCCUGGUGGAUCCGUCGUGGGGUGAUCACCCGGAAGAGACUCUCGGCUAUAUCUACACGUGCCAUGGCUUCCUCUGUAAUUCCAGUACCACCUACAACUAUUUACGCCUCAUUAUCGUAACCCUAAUUUUUGGCGGGUUUUGGCGA